CAUAUUUCAGAUGCCGCAUGAAGAUAAAGAGCAGGAAGAAGAGCAGAAAGCUCGAACUGCUUAUGAUUUGAUACGGAUGCGGUUGGAACGAUUGCAGAAAAAUAUUGAAAAACCAGUGUCUAUUCCACAACGACGAGAUGGUCGAAAGCCGCGGCCGCCGCCAGAUUUCGUCCGUAAUGUUGUUGGUUCAUCAGCUGCAGCCGGGAGUGCGGAAUUUCACAUUUUCCGGAAUAAUCGAAAGCGGGAAAUGGAUCGGUUGGAUUAUAUGCAUAAUAAAGCCUUACAAGAGGAGCUGGAUGAGAAAUUUUUGGCUGAAAAAAGAAGACGAGCAGAAGAGGAGGAAAGGAAAACAGCUAAAAAGCGGUUGAAAAGGCAGCGUUAUAAAGAAAAAAUGAAGAGUUUGAGGAAAAAGAAUGGAGAGAAAGAUGUGGAAAAUGAAACCGAUGAAGAUGGUUCGGAAUCGAGCUCAACGGUGGAAAACGUCGUUGAGAGAUCGAACCAGAUUACGGAUGAGGAGAACAGCAAAGUAGUGCAGCCUAACGGAAGUUCUGAAGCGCAGAAAGACAAACCAGAAAAGCAAAGUGUAAGAAAAGCGGAAGUGGAAGAAACUGAUGAUCCGAGCUCAUCAAUAAAAAAUGCCUCAGGGAAUUCUGUAAAACGAAGAAACGAAGAUACCUGAUGAUUAUUUGGCCUUUUGUUAUUUGUAAAAAUAAAUAUGUACUAUAUAC